GUACGCGUUCAACCGUCGGGAACGUCAAGAAUUUGAAAAUGAAAUAGUUUCGGAAGUGGCGCGGCGCGUUCAGCAAACCGGUUGCCGAUUUCGAAGCGUUUCGUUUAAGAUUUUAUUACGAUAUAACACUAGAACUUGCGUUGUGUUGUGUGUUUAGAAUAAGUUUUGUGUGUUUUAUGUAGUUUUAAUGUAAUUAAACAGUAUUAUACGAAAUAAAAAUAGGAAUAGUUCGACUGUAGUGACCGCCGCGAUUUCACAAAGUGGCAUUAGGUAUAACCUUGACACGUUUUCCCGCGCUCGCGCCCCAGCCUUGUUUUCAGUUGCACUCUCUCUUGACAUUUACCGCAUGAAGUGAGUAUUCUAUCGUUAAUUAGCGUCACCCGGCAAAUCGAAAGAGAAGAAUGCGCGCAAAGCUAUACCGGUUACAAAUAAAGUCAUGCUAAGUUAUACUUGUACGCUUCCCUAAAUUUAGUUGAGAAAUUAAAAGACGAACUGCCGAAGUUUGUAAUUAUGGAGCCCUUGUGACCAAUUUUGUUCCGAGACAGCCGUUGCUGCCAAGAUGAGAAUUUCAAAAGGUGUCAACACGAAAAUUGCGAUCAUUAUCAACUUUAUAAUUCAACUGACGGAUGGUGACAUCGCACCAGAUAAAUCAGUGAAAGACGCGAAGUCGUUUUUGAAAGAUAGACCGAUAUCUAACGAUAUACCCGCACCAGAAUCACUGCCGGUCCUACACGGAAACGAUACGAGAUGUAAGAUAUCGGAGUAUCUGUGCGUUAACAAGAAAUGCAUACCGAUAAACCGUUUCUGUGACGGCAGCAACGACUGCGGGGACUCUUCAGAUGAACCGAGACAUUGCACACGCUGCAACCGAACAUAUUAUGGUGACAUCGGUCGGACAUACGAAGUUGAACUGCACAGACCUAGAGAAGACCUGGUGCCGUAUGUGUGCUUACUCACCAUCACCGCUGCCGGUGGAAUACACGGAGAUUUGGUACAGGUGUUAUUUGAUAGUUUUACCCUGGGUCGAUUUACAUCAUUCACAGAAGACGGUUGCCCCGAUGGCUACAUGCAAAUACAAGAAGCAAGUAGACCUCAAGUCGGAGGCUCUUGGUGCGGCACCUCAUGGGGUCCUUCGAUUUACUACAGCGAAACAAAAUCGAUAACUCUCAUCAUAAGGCUUCUUCAUCUGUCCAAAGAACAGAACAAUUAUAAUUUCGAUUUCAGAAUGGCAUACAAAGUUCUACGGAGAGAGCACGCCACAGUCAGAUACGGCGGUACGCCUCUAUUAGAACGUCCCUUUUUCAAACUGAGACCUAUAGCCGUCCCCGUAAACAUUUCACGCGAAGAUACGAAUGCAAGGUCGACACGAACGCCCGAGUAUUACCUCGGGGAUUUGAUCUCCGGAACUUAUUGCUCCCGGAUAUUCAGCGACUGCGAUCGUAAAAACUGUAGGUUACAAUCACCGAAUUUCCCUGGCGUUUACCCGAGAAACUUGACGUGUUACUAUGCUGUGCGACAACACGAGGUGCCUCAGGGUAAACACGCCUUGAUUGUGGUGAAACAGCCUAACGGGCAGCUGAUAUCUAUAAGGAGUCAGAAAGCUUUGUAUGCAGCCCAACAAGAACGGGGCAACAACGGAAGAGAGCUGAAAUUUUGGCAACAGUGUGACGAGGUUCAGGAUUACGUUACGGUAUACGAUGGCUACACAACUAGAGACCCUGUCGUGUUAAGGUUUUGUGGAGGCGGUGUGGCUGUCCCGGAAGCGAUAUCGAGUGGACCUGAGUUACUAGUCGAAUUCACUACGUCCCCAUUUGGCACAUUCCUUCAGCCAGCAACUUUACAAUCACUACACGGGUUUCAACUUGAAGUCGAAGUCAGGUUCGUUGAUCAACAGUCGCCUACAUAUGCGAAAAAUAAGAGAACUUGCGAAUUCUGGAUCCGAGGGACAGGUCGAGGUGUUUUGGAGCAUCCGCAACAUUCUUUACCGCCGAACACCACGUGCCUUUAUCACAUGCAAGGGAUUGACACCUCCGGGCCUUCGGGACGCCACAUAAUUUACAGACGGCCGUCGUUUUCGGCUCCACGAUUCAGGGUUUGGUUUUCGGUAUUGAAAUUUUAUGUGACCAACGCUCUGAACCCUAACUUGCCCGAGGACGAAUACUGCGGAAGCCAUUUUAAUAUAUGGGAUGGUCCGAUGAGAAUAUCGCCUGGUUGCAGCGAUAUAUUUUGUGACAAAGAGCGGUCAGUCCAAAUGUCAAGAGCCACAUCCCCCCAAUCAGUAAUUGUGGGUCGACCUCCUACGAAUGCAACACUCAUAGCCAGAUUCUGCAGGGAAAGAGCACCCAGAACAUGCGAACAUGCACUGCUGAAAAAAUCCAGAGCCUGCACGAAAACAGAAAGCUUCCUUUCCAAGGGGGAUUCUUUGACUUUGGAAUUGAAGUUAACUCAAGGAACAGCUUUGAAACCAAUGUUCUUCAAGGCAUUAUACGAAUUUGUGGAUCUACACCAAGAUGGUGAUCCUUGGGGUCGUGGUCCAUGUUCUCGACGAUUUGCAUCACGAUCUUUUCCCGAAGCCCCUCCCGAUCCACCCAUUAAUUUUUCUUCACCGAGAGACGUGUUCUUGUAUGGACGAGGUGGUGCGAGAAAUAUUAGUUGCACGUAUCGCUUCGAAGCAAAUCCUGGUGAAGUGGUCAGACUAAGGGUUUGGGGUGUUCGAAGUGGUGGCAGAUUGUGUCGAUCGGUGCAUUCCGCCCACGCACCCUGGUAUCGAUGCGCCGGUGACCUCACAGCAGCUGUGAGGAUAUUCGACAGACCUUGGAAAAACAUUGGCUCUGGGAUACCGAGAGAUUGCUUGUGCAGUGACGUCGGUGACUACGAGUUCGUGUCUUCGUCAACUGUGGCCGAGCUGAAAUUCGAUGUGGUGAAUAUGACGGCGACGGAUGACUUCCGAUCUUUUGGAUUCGAAGCGUCUGUAGAGUUUGUCAGAUACGAUUCCGUUUGUGAAAGUACACAUCGAGUGUACGGAGCCAGUGGAGAACUUAGAUUAUCCGCUACAUUACCGGACUCAGAAGCAGAGCAUUGUGAACAUCGUCCUUGGUUAAUAGAUCCCUCGCCGGGUCAUUAUCUCUACUUACAAGUGCGCGGAUCAAUCAUCAGUGAACCAACGUUGGACAACUUUACUCUUCUCAACAAUAUCACAGUAGCACCAGAUUUAAGGCACUUGUGCAGAACACAAAACAGAAUCGCCGUUUACGCUGGAGGGUUAAUGCCCGUUUACAUAUGCCCUGGGUCUACUGAACAAGAUACAGAAGAGGUAGUAGAAAUUUUCUCUGAAGGCUGGUCUAAAGAUGUAGACGAACUUGCUCGACACGUGCUACAACCCGGACCUUCUCCUGACCGUUUCGACUUGGAGUUCCCGCGCUCUUUAGCUGUUGAACUCAUCGCUGUAGAAGCCGGAAAUUACUUUGUUUCGUGGCUAGAACUCUCUAAGAGAGAGGCAAGCGGGCCGGGCAGCGUGUUCGCGCUGUCGGGCGAGUGCACGCACCGGUGCGCGUCGCUGGACGCGUGCAUCGCCGCGGCGCUGUGGUGCGACGGCAUGGCGCACUGUCCGCACGGCGACGACGAGCGCCUGGCGCAUUGCUCGGCGCUGCUGCGUCUGCCCGCGCACUACGCACUAGCGCUGCUGGCCUUUGCCGCACUCACCGGCUGCGCUCUGGUGGCAGUUACCAGGUCGUGUCGGCGUCGUCGUUCAGCGCUCCAGCAGAGAUUGAAAAGUCUCUCUUCAGACACCGCCAUUUUCGACGAGAAAGAAGUGAUUUGCUGACCAAGCGAGGACUCUGUGCGUUACGUUGAAAUCGACAGGGUCACCACUGUGUGACCGCUCAGCACAGAGUCCUGGAUCAAAUGUUGGCGUUGGCCUUUGUCUCCAACGCGGAAUACUUCCAAACGAUUGACCAUAUGUUGGUCAACUGUUUUUACGUUCGAAAUUCACGGUAAUUAAAAAUUGAAAUAUAAACGAAACGACGAUUAUUUAAAUUUGAGAUCAAA